ACCAAAAGCAUAUAAACAUCAUCUUCUUUUUUAUGGUUUGAGCAUUAAAAAGACCUUAGAUAACAAAGUUGUGUCUCUCUGAAGUCAGAACCAAAAAUAUAAGACGAGAAGGAGAUCAAUGGAGGAAGAAUACAUAAGAAUAAUAAGCAUAACAACAAUAAGAAUAAUCUCAUGGGGUCUCAUUUUCAUCCUUGUAAGACGAAUCUUCUCAAGCUACUCGUUCGACUUCAGCACCCGUAUAGUCUCAACGCUUCACGCAACAAUCGCUGUCACUUUAGCAACUCUCUCGAUUCAAGAUUGGUCUUGUCCUGUUUGUCCCAUUGCUUCUACAUCGUCUCUCCGGCAGAUGGAAACGUUGGCGUUUUCAUUGUCGUACAUGAUCUACGAUCUCAUUUGUAGCCACUUUGAUCAAGUCCUUAGCAUUGAUAAUGCGGUUCAUCAUUCUGUUUGCAUUCUUGGUUUUGUAGCUGGACUUUUCUACCAAAAGUGUGGAUCCGAGAUGGUGGCAGCAAUAUGGAUAACAGAGAUCUCAAGUCCGUUUCUUCACCUCAGGGAGAUUCUUAAAGAGAUUGGUUGUAGAGACACCGACCUAAAUCUUGCAGCCGAUGUGAGUAUUUACAUACAUACAUACUUUUCUUAUAUGAAUUAUAAUUAGUAAUUAUUUAGUAAUGCUUAGAAGAAAAUUGUUAUUAACAUUUUAACUUGAGAUAAUCUAAAAUCAAGAGAUGUUAAUUAUUAAGAUUGUUAGAGAUAAGUUCUUAAUGAGUUAGCUAGCUAUCAUUUCUAGGAAUAAAUAUACAAAACCAACACGUUAACUAUUGUCAAAUCUUGCAAGUUUUGUAAAAACACUCUACAUUAUGGCUACGAAAUCGAUAUUAUUGUUUCUAAAUCUAGAGAUGUUAACUAAAAUAAAUUUAUAAUAUUAUGGCGGGAGAAUUACGUAAUAAUAAUCAUUAUUUUGUGGAGGUGUUUUUUGCAACAAUUUUCUCGGUGGCCCGAAUGGUGGGUGGACCUUACCUAGUUUACGUAACAAUACCAGCUGAUAAUCCCAUCCUCAUCAAGGUAUACAGUAUCUUAAUAGAUGAAUAUGAUUUACAUUUCGUUCUAGGCUAUACUUAUUAUUGUUUCAUCAAUUGUUCAUAGUUUUAUAAAAAUGUGAAACUUUCAAAACUGAAAAGAAGAUUUUGUUUAGGAAAAGAUGCUAAAAUAUUUUUCAUGAUCACAAAUUUCAGUUGAGAUAUAACAUUUCAUGUGCGUUUUUUUGUGUUCUUAUUUUCUUAGGUAAUGGGGUUGGGAUUACAACUUGUGAGCGCGUUCUAUAAAUUACUCAAAAUGAUGAGAUACAAAUUUAUUAAACGAUCAAUGUCCACCAAAAAAUCGACGUAGUUGAAAUUCCAAAUAUUAUGACUCAUGUGCUUUUCUAUAUGUAAAUUAUAUGUAAGGAAUCCAAAAUGUCGACUUAAUCUAAAAGAAAAUAAACGAUAUGAAAAUCUAUAAAAUUUUGUCUGAUAGAGGUUAUUGGUUAGUGAGCAUUCCAAACGGAUAUAUAUUUUUAUAGGAA